AUGGUCUUCACUGGGUCUCCAGAUCAGGUCACACGGGUCGGUGAUCAUAAACCACUUCGAUGUCCAGAUGGUCUCAACCUCGAUGCGCGAUAUGUCCGCGUCAGCAUGGAGAUGAUAGGUCGCAACAGGAACAUUCCGUGGUGUUUUGAGAAGCGUUGGGCGGAAAAAAUAAAAGACAUCAUUGGGAAGCGAUGGGUGUACCUUACUGCAGAUCACGUUACCGUUCAUUCGUCUCUGGUCAUUGCGAGUCAAUGUCCCAACGAGGUAACAUACAUUACAUGGGACAAUCUGCGAAGAGAGCUGAAUCAAGGCAAGAACCUCGUUCAGUCAGAGCAGAAAGUUCUCGUUCUCUGUCACUGGCCAUGUGAUCGACAGGUCGAUGUCAUUGGUAGUGUCUAUCGCGAUAUUCAGAAGAUACACGGCGAGCAGGCUCGCUUCUACCCUAAUCUACGAGAGUUACAAGAGGCGGAAUUCAAGAUUGGUGACAUCGAGGCUCUGGACCACAUCGCACGAUCAGCACCAAACAGCUUUGCCUAUCGACCAACGACAUGUCUGAGUACAAGUGGUUGCACACUUCUUCAGCCUUUCGUUAUGAAGCGGGCGAAUUCUUCUAACUCCAACGGCGUCUUUGUCCACCCUAGUAUGGAAGAUAUACGCGACCUCCUACCAUGCCAACCGGGCGACACGGCACAAGAAGCGCAGGCGCUGAUGGACAAGGGGCAGAGGUGGUUUCACCAGGAAAAGAUAAACUCGUUGAUCGAGUUCGGUGAGUUUCGUCUUUUUAUCGUUACUUUACCUCACACAGAAGGACUUCGUGGCCGAAAGGGGUAUGUUUUCGAGGCUAUACACACGAUCCCAGUGACUAAUGAUGACGACGUCGUGGAGUACAACUUCGGGUUGAAUGUGCUCAAUCGUGUAUCGGAUGAGCUCCUAGAUAAGGACUUUUGCGGUGACAAGACUUACAAGGAUCUCGAGGACUUCGCGCUAUACACUUACGAGCAGUUGCGAAGGUUUGAACGGCAGGACCGUGUUGGUACGAAGCAGAAUAGUGACGAUACUGCUAUUCCACGCGAGCAGGACAACGCAAAGAAGCGUAAGCGUUCCACCGACGAUGAUGAUGAUGAAGAAGAAGAAGAAGAAGAAGAAGAAGAAGAAGAAGAAGAAGAAGAAGACUCUGCCUCAACCAAGAGAGCACGCACUGAGCUCCCUGACGACACAUGGCACGCCGAAUCUCCGGAGUUGGGCCAGCUGGCUGGUACUCUUUCUCCGGGGAAGAACAUCCCGCCAUCGACGCUCAGAACACUUCGCAACGAAGAAGUCUACCCUGCAGCGCCUCGAAUAGACUGCAGCGACUCCAUGUUUGAGUCGCUGGAGAUGGCUGUGCGGAUGGAUAUUGGCAUUCCAGCCGAAAAGGAUGGCCAUCGCUUCUUCGUGAACGAGAUCACGAGGGAGUGGCAUGGCGACUUGUUUCCGUAUCAAGUUGGACAUCCGCAGACGCGCCUUUGUAAGGCGAUUGCGAAUGCUAGGAAUGAGUACUUCUUUUCGUGGAGGUGA